AUUAAUGGUGUUGUAUUAUAUGCAAAUUGUUUAAAUGCUUCAGAAAGCCGAAACGGUUGUCGUUCAAUGUAAAUGAAGUUAAACAAUCGUUGUCGUCAUGUGACAGCUUCGUACUUUAAGCCUUUUUUUUAUUUCCAAGAAGCUAACUGCAGUGAUCUCUGAUUAGUAGUCUCUUGGCUAAAUGCCCAAGCGGACAUGGACAUAAACGUUCAACAGUUUUUUAAUUGUUUUUUUCUCCUGAAAAUCAACACUGUAUACAGAGAAGCUGUCCGAAGAGAUCUAGUGGCAAGAGGCUUCAUUUUAUGGAAACGAUCUUUAAAAUCUUGAUCAUAAUGUACAGCAAAUUAUCACAAUUCGGAUAUUUACACCAGUGUACUUUUCUGUGACAUUACUGUAUCAAGUUGAUGUCAAAGAAACACCAAGUAUUACUCAUCAGUAUAAAAUGUACGUUUGUGCAGCAACAACAUCACGAACUCGUGCAAGAGGAAAAUUACAAGAGAUUUAUUGAAAUUAAUAAAUUAUAUAAUUAAAAUUAGAAUGAAAGGAAAAAGUACUUUAGACAGUGACGAUGAGUGAGAAACAUGGCAUCACCUGUCAUUUUAAGACAUGAAAGGGCCGUAGCUUCAUCUGUCAGCUUUUCAAGAUCAAGAGGGCAAAGUGAGCAGGCAGAUGAUGAUGAUAUUCAAAUAUCAUUGGCACCUUAUGUACAGAACUACCUGGCACAGAGCGGUCAAAAACUUGACUGUUGUGGGGCAUGUUUGCCAGUGCCAUUUGAAAGAGCAGCAAAACAGUCAUGGUGGGAUCCUCGCUUUGACUCUGAAAUACUUGAGGGGCAGUACCGAUCAAGUUCCUUUCCACAAGUGCGCCUAAGAUUCCAAUAUGCUCUUGUGUAUAUCCUUGCUGUAUCGUUUUCAUGGUUUGUAUACUUCAUUGUGACUGGUGCAACUGGCAGAAUACAACACUGGAUUCCUGUGUCUGCUGUCUUUGCUGUACUAUUAAUUAUAAUAGGCCUGAUUUUAGCUGUAACAUACAGAAGUUUUUACAGAACUUAUGCAUUUCCCAUUUCCAUAUUUGUGGCUGUCAUUAUUUGCAUCUUACUACUCGUGUUUAUUAUUCUGAAUUCCUCAAAUAGCAAGGCAAGUAGUAUCACCCCUGUAGGACAAUUUUCUCUUUGUAUUGAAAUAUUGCUUAUUAUAUACACUGUGAUACAGCUACCUCUCUAUGUGUGUGUAGCCAUUGGUAGCAUUUUUUCAAUAUUAUUUGAAUGCUUGAUUGCUACAUUGUACUUUAAAGAAGAUUAUGGUGUGAAUACAAACACUGGUGUUGUAGUUCGGACGUUACUGCAUAUUGUUGUGCAUUUAAUCGGCAUUCAUGUUCUCAUAAUGACUAAUGCUAGAAUGCGUGGAACUUUCAUGAAAGUGGGCCAGUCAUUAUUAGUUAGAAGACAGCUCGAAAUGGAGAAACAGUUGAAGGAGAAGAUGAUACACUCAGUGAUGCCACCCAAGGUUGCGGACUGGCUAAUGUCAGAAACUGGUGGUGCCCAGGAAGAUGAAUAUGAAGAUAGUGAAUCAUUACAGAAACCAACACAUGGCAAGAAUCAUGCUAGUGGUGGAAAUGAUAUUCGUUCUCUGUUCCGUCCUUUCAAUAUGAACCGAAUGGAAAAUGUCAGUAUACUAUUUGCUGACAUUGUAGGUUUUACACGAAUGAGCUCCAAUAAGAGUGCCGAAGAACUUGUUGGCAUAUUGAAUGACUUAUUUGAACGAUUUGAUGAUCUCAGUGCUAAGCAUGGCUGUGAGAAGAUUUCAACAUUGGGUGACUGCUACUACUGUGUUGCUGGUUGUCCUGAGCCUAAACUUGAUCAUGCAAAGGCCUGUAUAGAAAUGGGGCUUGAUAUGAUUGUUACAAUCAAACAGUUUGAUGCAGAAACAAAUGAAGAUGUGAACAUGAGAGUAGGUGUUCAUACAGGAACUGUGUUGUGUGGUAUAGUUGGAACCCGUCGAUUCAAAUUUGAUGUUUGGUCAAAUGAUGUGACAUUUGCCAAUCAAAUGGAAUCAACAGGGAAACCUGGUCGAGUACAUAUUUCUGAAGUUACUGCAAGAUUUCUGAAUAAUGAAUAUGUGUUAGAGGAAGGUGACACUGUCCAAGGUACAAAGACAUAUUUUGUUGUUGGUAGAAAAUGUGAGUUCCGGAAACCCCAUUCACCAACAGCAGUCACUGGAGGAACACAUUUGGAGAUAUCCCCAAGUUUACAGCCACGCAUCCGUGUCCAGUCUUGUGUGCAGAGUAGUGCCAUACGUCCACACUACUUGCAUUUGAUGACAGAUGUUGGUGUGCGGCAAGCCAAAGCAUGUUCACUUCCCAGUAUACUAGAUUCUGACAAUGAAGAUGAAGGCUGUGAUGUGCGACAACUCACUAAAAGUCCAGUAUCCUUGGCUGGUACCAGCUUCUCUCCAAAAUACAAACCAUGGCGUUAUCACAGAAAACUUGUUGUGAAUUCAGAAGAAACAGAGCCACUUGGUUUACAAGGAGUGAGCCGUUCUUCUCCACCAAUGAUUAGAGCACCUGCAGCAGAAAAUAAGGAAAAUGGAGUUCAUCAAGUUGUAGAACCUCAUGCUGAAACAGAGCAACUGAGGCCAGUUAGCACUCUCGGGGUUCCAGUCUCAAGCAGUGAUCAGCUAAGCAUGUGUGCAUCUGUUAACAGCCGCAAAGAUUCUGGAAUUCGUAGCAACAGCCGUCGCAGUAGUAUUCAACAACAGAUAUUUGUGAUGAAUGGUAUAGUCCAUGGGGAUCUGCUUACACACCGUGUGAGUGGUUAUUACACAUCAAGCCAGUCUUCUGUUAAUGAAGCAGAUGGUGAUCCAGAUCGGAGACCAGUUCAGUUGCCACCACCAUUAGCAGAUAACUUGGGAAUGUGUUUCCAAAGUCUUCGAAAGCAGUCAGAUCUACAGUUGAUAAAAUGUGUGCAGGACAGCGCUACAUCACAGCGAAGCUAUUUUGUAAAGCCGCCUCUACGUGGUUUCUCAUUGUUUUUUCGGCAGAAGGAAAUGGAAAAAGAAUAUAGAGCCAAUGCUCAUCGUGUGACUGACAAGACUGCUGAUUCUCCUCCAACUUUAGCUACUUCAAGAUAUAAUACAUACUUUGACAUUCUCAUAUCUGCAUUAGUUUAUCUUGCAGUCACAGUUUCUCUUUUCCUGUUAUACAGGCCCACAGUUGCUUGGAUUUCUGUUUGUGUGGGAGCAACAACAGUGCAACUCAUAGCAGUGUUUCUUUGUAUCAGUCAACUGGUUGCAGCAAGACAUGUGAGUUUAAUUGGAAAAAGGAUCUCCAAAAGACUCUUGAAAAUUUUCUCAAGCUGGUACCCAUGGCAUUUUAUUGGGGCUGUCCUUGUGAGCUUGCCUGUCAUAUCUGUUCUUGUAAAUUUUGUGUGUUUAAAUUUUGAAGAAGCUUCAAAUGCAGACUUUUAUUAUAGUUACUUGUUAUUUGUCAGUCUGGUUCACUUUUGUAACUUUACCCAACUAAAUUGCUGGAUGAAAAGUUGCUUGGCCACACUUGCCGGAGUUUGCUACAUUGCAUUAAUAGCUAGUCACACUUGCCCAUUUUUUAUUAACAUACCAAGCAAUUUUUCAACAUGGCUUAGAAGUGUAAAUGCCAGUAAUGAAAGUAUUUAUAAUUGGAAUGGCCAAAUAAAAUUAGCUGUUAGGAACUCCAUGCAUAAUGGAAUUGCUGCUUCCGAGUUGAGUACAAAAGAAGUAGACAUUUCCAGAAAAUCUGAAGCAUUUCUAUAUGAGCAUGUAUAUCACAUAAAUAAUUUGUAUCAUGGAGAAAUUUUUCUAGAUGUUUUAAUGUUACUCAUAUUAGUUUGGUUUUUGAAUCGUGAAUUUGAGAUAAGUUACAGAUUGAGUUUUCAUGGAAAUGUAGUAGCUGCAAGAGAUAAGGCAAGGGUUCAGAACAUGAAAAAUCAGGCAGAUUUACUCUUGCAUAAUAUUAUUCCGAAGCAUGUGGCAGAUCAGUUAAAGAACACUGCCAAGUAUUCUGAAAACCAUCAUGAUGUUGGUAUAAUAUUUGCUUCUAUUGUAAACUUCAAUGAAAUGUAUGAUGAAUCUUAUCUUGGAGGAAAGGAAUAUUUGAGAGUUCUUAAUGAACUGAUUGGAGACUUUGAUGAAUUAUUAACAAAACCAGAAUUUCGAAAUGUAGAAAAAAUCAAAACUAUAGGAAGCACUUUUAUGGCAGCAUCAGGUCUGAAUCCAGGUGUACGUAGACAAAGUCAGCAUCCAAAUCAACAUUUGUUUGAAUUAAUGGAGUUCGCUAUAGCUAUGCAAAAAGUAAUUGAUGAUUUCAACCGUAAUUUAUUAGAAUUCAAUUUAGUUUUGCGAGUGGGUUAUAAUUUUGGUGAUGUAACAGCUGGUGUCAUAGGAACAAAGAAACUGUAUUAUGAUAUUUGGGGAGAUGCUGUUAACAUUGCUAGUCGAAUGGAUUCAACAGGUAUUCGCGGUAGAAUUCAAGUUGGUGGAGCUUGUUUGCCCAUAUUGUCAGAACGAUAUGAAUUUGAACCGAGAGGUUCAGUUUAUGUUAAAGGUAAAGAUCAUAUGGAAGUUUUCCUUUUAAAAGGGAGAUGUGGAGAAGUAAGUGCAGUCAGUGGUUGAGAGAUGAUAAUGUAAAUGUUAACUUGCAAUGAAUUUGGUACCAUGUAUCAUUUAAAUGCCAAAUAUUUUACCUAAAUUAAAUCUUUCAUGGUGAAGUAUAAUUAUGGAGUCUAUUCACUGCACAAUGUAAUGGAAAAAGAAGAAAGUAUUCUUGAUUGUCUUGAUUAACUUGUACACUCAUCUACUUUGAAGUACUGUCACUGAAUUAAACUACUUUCUUUUACAUCCUCCAGAAAUCCAAGUACCAUCCUGAUGCUUGUGCAUAGGUCACCACAUCAUUAUAAUUUCAGCUUAUAUUUUUGGUGCUUUUGUAAUGGCUGAUCAUUUUGUUAUUUUAACGUGGUCUUCAUAAACAAUUAACUUGGAGAAACUGCCACAACUGGAGUGAAUGAAUGAGAUUUUAUGUGCAGCAUUCUAAUAUCAUAAUCAUGCACAAGAGAACAAGUUAAUUUGGAUAUCUCUCGUUGAUUCAGCUUAUCAGUACUGGGCCUCAAUUACUGUUAAGAGGAGGCUGAUUGAUUCUUCCUAUACAUAUAGUUAGUGAUUCCUGUGUUGUGGUUCUCUCUCUCUCUCUCUCUCUCUCUCUCUCUCUCUCUCUCUCUCUCUCUCUCUCUUUUGUACAGUUGUUUGACGUUCUAAGUCAAACCCCAACAGUAUUCAUUUCUGUGCUAUACAACAUACUGAUAAUCAGAAAGUAAGGAAAGUAAGUUUUCUGUUACUACAACAUGUGAUAGGACUUAGAUAUUCAUGCUAUUUCUUGCAUCUCUAAGCCAGUCUUUAUACAGUGAUGCUAUGCCAAAUUGUACCACAUGGAAGUAUUAUGAAGUUAUGAGAACCCACAUUAAUUUUGUUUCUUAAACAAAAUUUUAUUUGGGAAUUAUUCUUUGUUUAUUCCAUGCUGUUCAUCUGCUGCUGCUUCUGCUAACAGCCUCCUGUGUUACAUGAGCAUGCACAUAAUUACAGUAUCAGAACCUCAUAUUUGCAUAACCAAUAAUCCUUUACAGAUUUUUUUUAUUUAGUUGCUGAUGCCAGAACUUAGUUUAUGGUAAACUUAGUUUUUUCUCCUUCUUUAUUCUUCAGUAGUAUUAUUAUUGCCCUGGCACAAAAAUCUGAUUGUGUCAUUUGAGUUUUCAAAGGAUUUUGCAUUUCACACAUGCUUCAUAUACAAUUGAUGCACACCUGCCAGUUGGUGGAAAUGCCCAUUUGUGUUUCUGAUAGAGGGAGGGCUGUUAUAUUGAAUGAAAAGUACUUGAAUACUGUCAUAGGCAGAGGAGAAACAUACAUCACCGUCAUCUGAAAUAUAAUCGAAUAGAGAAGAUCAGUGUAACAAAAAUUUGAUUUCUUUUCUGCAGAAAGUAUGAAUACUUUAACUUUAUCUGUGAUAGUAUGUCAUUAAUACACACACACACACACAUCACUAGGAAAUGUGUACUGUUUUCCUAACAGUUCCCCCUUCUUAACAUGAACCAUGAACUCUAUAAAUCACAGACAGUGUCAAUUAACUUAAUUUAAAACAGAAUGAUGUUAAUAUUUGCAGCAAGAGAAGAAAGUCUUGACUAAUAAUUACCAAAAAGAGGGAAUAGAAGAAGUGGUAAGAUGAAAAUAGUUUUAAGACACCUUAACACUCAUUCAGGCUGGACCUUUAACAUUUAUUUUAACCAAUUUAAAAUAUUUGUUCCAUUGCAAUGUUUUGGGGUUCUCUUAUGUCAUUUUUUGUGUAUAACACAAAUUUUGAGAGCUAAUUUGUGUAAAUUGUAUGCAUGCAUUAUGUCUGAUGUUACAAAAAACAAAAAUGUGUGUGUUUUUAAAGUAAAAAAGUUAUUAAAAAGAAAUAAAAGGAACUGAAACAGUAAAUUUAUGAACAAGAAAACUUUCUAGGACAAGGCACCACAAGCAAUUGUAGUAGCAUCUGCUUUACUGCUACUUUCUCACAUGUCUUGACUAUUUUGAUAUAAAGGGGAACAAGCUUUGUGUUUAAAACUAUUUAUUUCUAUCAGAAGCAAAUUAAAUUUUGAGCUACUUAUCUUUAUUGAUGCCAGUAUUCUGAACUUCCUUGUAAAAUCAGAGGGAUAUUUUCUUGACUACAAAUAAGUGCUGGAAGUAUUUUUUCCUUUGUGUGUCUGCUUUUAUCACUGAAAAGUAUUAUUUUGUAGUUAUCUUAAGAGAAAAUUAAGUGUGAAUUUUUGCGUUAUUGCUUCAGUGCAGUUCAGAUUAAGAACUUACCUUUUAGUGCCAUGUGUUUUGCAUUUCAAAGUGGGAGGCUAUUACAUCUGUAGUUACUACACGUCUUAAUACUUCAUAUGGCAUUAUGAUUUGCAAUACUCAGUGAAAUGAGUGGCAUAAGCAUAGACAGCUCACUGUACAAAGGAAGCAAUUGCCAACACAUAGAUAAUCAGAAAGUGAUGACUGCUGUAGAUCCCCCCCCCCCCCCUUUUGUGUGUGUGUGUGUGUGUGUGUGUGUGUGUGUGUGUGUGUGUGUCAGUGGAAGCAGUUUCCUGUUUGCUCAUCAUAACUUCCAUUACAUAAUGAAUAGUUGCCUUUUCUUGUGAUAUUUGUUAUCCAGGAUUUUCCAUUGAAAUGUUAACCAGAUGUAAAUAAUUUUCCACUGUGCUGUUUAUGCAUGUAGUGCGAUACUCGUCAUCUCAAUCAUUGUUUGUCAGUUUUCAAUGAAAGAUAUCAGUAGUAGUUGUUUUGUUCCCUGUUUGCAUCUAUAUGAAAUGAAAUUUUUAGAGGCCUGGAAAGCUAAGAAUCUAAUGUUUGGUACACCACAACUCUACAGAUACACAAUAUCAUAUUCUGCCAUAAUUUAAUAUCAUUCCAUUAUUUGUAUAUGUAAGAUCCGUUCUCUAAGGUUUUGAAUUUUAAGGGACAUUUGAUGUUAAUGAUAGCCUGACCAUAUAAAGAGCAAAGCAGGUGCUACAGUCAAACUAAAUUUUAUCAUUUAACAUCAAUAAUUCUGAUAAAAACAUGUUUGGUGUUGGAUAAUCUUCACAGACACUGAUAAAUGGUAGUUCUUAAAGAACAUUUCCUAAAAUAAUAUGUAAGGAGAUUUUCUACGUACUUGUGUUGUGCGUAUCUAUUUUUAAAUGAUGACACAAACUUCUGUAAUCUCAGAUGGUUUCUGUAAUACUGUAAAUUGUAAGAAUAAUGUAAAAUAUUUCUUUUGCUUGUUGAGAGUAAUAUGUGUUACAUAUGAGAGCUGAAGUUAUAUAAUGAGUGCUGAAUUUAUGGGAGUUGAGUUACCAUGUCAUAUGAGGUAUGAUUUUCAAAGGUAUAUAUAAAGUAUUCAUCCCUGUUGCAUCAUCAUGUUAAUGUGCCUUGUACAGUAUGAAUAGUACUGGAUUAUAUCUCAUUUGAGUUCCUAAUGUUGCAUUGAUAAAAGAUAAACCCGCCGUAUUUCAGCUGAUCAAAGUUGUCAGGCUAUAUUUCAGUACAGUAUUAUAAAGCACUGUGCCUUAAGAGUUAUGUUUGGUUACAGUUGCUGCAUCAAACAUCUCUUCUCUUGAAAAAUGAUUGUGGUAAAUUAAAGUAUUCAGCUUUAUCUGUUUUUGCAAAUUCUUUUUGUUGGGCAACAAGGAUGUGUCUUCAAUCAAUUAGCACCAGUAUUAUGUUGUUAUACCAAUAAAUAAUUUAAUGUUUAUUUUUUUAUGACUGUAUUAGCUAGUCACAUAUGUUCAGAAAUACUUAGUGCUUAGAGAUCACUAAAUAGUGGUUUAGUCGUUAUAUGUAGCAAAUUUACAAUUCUUAGUUAUAAAAUAAUUUCUUUUGUGAUUUUGUAAAGUAGAAAGGCCAUUGUGAUUAGCUGCCAGACAGAGUGGGAACAUUUCUGUACUUGAACUAUGUAUGUAGUUAAUACAGAAUGUUGAUCACAAAUUAUAGAAGUUUUUCCACGCAUACUAUUCAACUCAGCAUUUAGAUAAUUAUUUUUGAGUUUUAUAUGCUUAUCAUAUGCUGAUGACCUUAUAUCAAAGUUAAGUGCUCUGUUGAGUUUCCAGUUAGGUGGAAAUUGUCUAGAUUUAAAAAACUGCACUACUGUAUGGCUUAUCAAUGUAUGUGAAUUUUAUUAUCUGUAACAGAAAGCAAUAAUGAAUGAAAUUGUGAAGUGUCUUGUAGCUCCAGAGAUACUACUUAUCCAUUGAUAAAGUUGUCUUGGAAUAUAUGGUUCUGAAAACAUUUAACUACGUGAUCUAGAUAAUGCUUCAUAAUUCCCAUUAAUAGGGCAUUCUUUUUUAUAUUGUCAGCUUUUAAGUCAUAAAUUUCUCAACAAAAGUUUGUCAACAAAACCUUGUAUGUGAAGUCAGAAGUAGGUUUUGCAAGUGUACUGAAAUCAUAUUCCAUGAUGACUUUGAGAUAAGUCAGAAUAUUUAGUUACACCUACACAAUAAUAGUAUUGCCAUUCGUGUAAAGAGCUUUAAAUAAAUGUAUGCAUUGUUGUUUUCUAAUGCUUAAAUGCCUGUUGUAUCAUAGUGGCUGUAUCAUUUUCUUUUUUUAAAAAAAUAUAGUAUAUAUUACAUCAAUUAGUAGUGUGAAAUUACACCAUAUAGUAUAUUCUUUUGGUUUUGUGCUUGGAUUGCAGUUGCAUGUAUUCCACAUGUUAAGUACUUUAACUAUACAGAAUGAAAACUAUUGUUCUGUGACCUAUUCAUCACUUGACAAUAUAUUAUUUGCUAGAAGAAAAAGGUUGAUGUUAUUUAUACAAAAGGGAAUAAGAGGUACCAUUUCGGAACUUUUAUUCUAGAAGAAUCAUAAGUUUCUUUCUCUUGUGGAUCAGGCAGAAACAAACAUAAUGUUAAAAAUGCUUUCUUUCCAUUCAUUUAUUGCUCCAUUUCUCUCUCUUGUUACAUGUGAUGAUUGUUUCAUUUGAGUGAAAUAGUCCAUUAUAUCCUAUUCUCUUCAUUUUCACUUUCACCCAAACACAUUUAGAAUGUUGAAGUUAAAGAGGGAGUGGAAGUAGUCAACAUUAGUUGUUCUUUUCUGAGCCUCUAGAAAUAUUUUUAGCUGAGGAAAAGUGGCCCCUCAUUGAAGGUUACUUUUGGUAAUAUGUAUAAAGGUGCAUUCAUAAAAUCAACAUUUUAAAGUACUGUAGAAGUUUCUCAAAUUUAGUGUCACUAUCUGUAUCUAUAUUGCAAUUCCAUCAACUACAAUGGACUGUUUGGUUUACAGCCUAAGGAAUUACUGUCUGAUAAGUAUUAAACACUAUUUACAGCAUGUUCCCUUACAGUAUUUAAUGCUACUACGUGUUCCUUUGUUUACAGUAGUGCUUGUGAUGAAGUCAGGAAUUUGUUAUUCAUUUCUGUAUUGUUAAAUGUUAUGGAAAUUGCCAUAAUUAUUAAUAUAUUCAUUAUCAAAUGUCAUUGUACAGUUAAAUCAUGCAACUGUCAAUGUGUAAUGAACACAACUAAUGCUUUAGUGGAAAGCUAACAAGAUGUUCAUGUUUAUCACAUUUCAAGUUACUCAGUUAAAUUGAAGCUGUUAGAUGUUAGUACAAGAAAGUAAAGACUUUUAGUAACUACUUUAACAAAUAUACUGCUCCGGCAAAAUGAUUCUAGCUCUGUUUAGAAUAUAUUUGACAUAUAAACCACUGCAUAUGAUACAAAAAGAUUAAAAAAGGGAGAUGAUACUUUUUAAACCUGUCUAUUGGAUAUUGCAAAUUUUGUAUGCAUUAUUUCCAGUUGCAGAAAUUCUGAAAUUAUUUUCUUUUGGUAUACAACUUUUUAUCUCACAGUUACAGCUUUACUACUGCAACUGGCAUGAGCUUUUCUAGCCUUUGCAAUAUCUUUUUAUAUAAUAAGAUAGCUUUUUAUAUGUGUAUUUGCCUUCUUUGGAGACUCAGUGAAUUUUUAUUGUUGUGACAAUAAAAGCCAAUGUUUCUCGUUAA